AUGCAGGUCCGUGUGGUUCAGAUCUGGGGUUUCCUGAUGUCAGUUUUGGGCUGGAUCUUCGUGGCCUGCACCAUGGCCAUGGAAGGCUGGAAGAUCACCUCCAUUGGGGGCAUGGGGGGGUCCUCCAUCAUCAAGGUGGCCUGGUACUGGUCCAGCCUGUGGAGAUCAUGUUUUACAGACUCAACUGCUGUCAGCAACUGUUACGACUACCCCAUGCUCUGGUCUGUGGAGGGCUACAUCCAGAUAGUGCGAGGCCUGCUGAUGGCGGCUCUUUCCCUGGGCAUGCUGGGGUUUGUGCUCAGUCUGAUGGGUAUGGAGUGCACCUUCAUUGGGGGGAAAGACCGGUCUAAGUACAAGAAGAUCUACAUUGGUGGAUGGUGCCACAUAACCAGCGGUUUGCUGUCCACAUGUGGGUACGCUGUUUACGCACAGUAUGUCUCUGUGGAAUACUUCAACCCCGACUUUGACGGACUGAAGUAUGACCUUGGCACGCCGAUGUUCCUCGGCUGGGUCGGCUCAGCCUUUCACAUGACUGGCGGUUUCUUCUACCUGUGGUCAGUGUGUAAGCCGCUCUGUGGAGGAGAGGCAACGGUAAUCACCAUCCAGCCAGUACCAGACCCUGAGCAAAACAAGUCCACCACAGCUCUGUCCUCCGUGUCUGCGAUCACCUCCAAGACCAAAUUGUCCUCCGUGUCUGAGCUGUCGUCCAAGUCCGAGCGCUCAGACCUGACUGGAAUUUCCUCAAAAUCAGAGCGCACAUCUAAAUCUGGACGCACAGCCAAGUCGGGGCGGUCGUCAAAGAGUGGCCGAACCACCAGGUCUGCAGGAUCUGUAGGGUCGAGUUCAGCAUCAGGAUCAACAUCAGGAUCGGGGUCAGAGUCUGGAGUCUCAUCGAGGUCCAGCGUGUCAACUUUGUCCACUUCAAGGAGCAGCGGCAGCAGCCGGACAGUGUCAUCAUUGUCGGGCAGCUCAGGGAGUGAGACUACACCGUUCAUCAAAAACUCUUAUAUUUAAUCAACGCGAGGACAAAUGCUAAAUGUGACGGACUGAUGAUCUGAUGCUUUUCUAUUCAAGUUAUGAAUCUGUAUCUUAUACAAAUUCAGUAUGUGUUUUGUAUAAGAAAUUUUACAACAAAUCUUUUUCACUGUUAAAUGCCUCUUUUUCAUCUUCAUCAUCUAUAAUACAUCCAUAAUACUAGACACUGUAUAUACAUUCAUUCAAUAUAACACAUUACUAAGACACACAUCCAUUUCUGCUGUGACUGGCAGCCUCUGUGUAGCCAUUAAAACAACAAAUAAAACUCCACCAGGCUGAUCAGGUCUGGUUGACAGUAAA